AUGACAUCGCACUUCGUACAGGCGCUACAUGACUAUUUACCAUCGUCAGUAACGACUGAGGAGUCAGCCUCCUGUUUAUUCUUCAAAAAGGGCGCAAUUAUUGAGGUUUUCAAUAAAGACGAUUCUGGUUGGUGGGAUGGUCAGUGUGGGGAUGUGAGAGGCUGGUUUCCAAGCAACUAUGUAGGCAGAAUUGGUGAAUUGAAACGACAGAAUGCUGACUUUGAAGAUAAUUAUUAUAAUGAAGACUUAGAGUUAUGGCAUCAUAAAAUGAAUCAACCUACAACAAACAAUACGACUUUUGUGUCACACACAGACUAUGGUACAACAAAGUUUGUGCCAACCCAAGGCUACAGAAGCUCUAAUAGCAGCUUACGUAGACCGGACAGAGAUACAUCGAAUUCCAACGUAUUACCGCUAUUUUCAACGAAUUCCAUGCACUCUCUAAUUGGAGACGUAUCAAACAGAGUAGCUGAUUUAGUAGAUGCAUGUAACAACCCUUCCGAAUCAGAUAUUCAGCUCUUUGUCUUUCAAGUUGUUGCAUCAGUUAGAUCUGUACUAACAGAGGCUAAUAUUGUUAACAAAGAAAGCCCUCUUUUAAACGUAUAUCCUGAUUUAUCCAGACAACGAAAAAUCGUUCUAAGCGCGCUGAGCAGGCUUGUUCUUAAAGGCAAAGAGUUUCAGCAAAUUAAUUAUAUGUCACAGAGUCAAACAGAUGAAGAUCAAGUAUCGUAUUUGGCAGACCAGCUUUUGAAUGAGAUGAAUAUACUCGAAAACUUAUUGUUAGCGUUAUCUCGCCAAUCAUUCACUCUUACAGAAAGCACCGCGGAUACUACGCGUCCAUCCUCGAUGUUUACCUUUGAUACACCACGUUCAUCCAUAUCCUCAUUUGGCCAUAACUCACUAAUGUCGGCACAUUCGGGAAACAUGCGGCCAGUCGUCCCCGAAGCACGCUAUUCUACCCAUAGCAGUGUAUCCAUCAAAACCAGGACUACAGUAUUUUCUGAUAAAGAUAGCAUUCUGCAAACUGUAUUAGACCAUCAGACAUGUAUAGAUGAACUAAUAGGCUGCCUUGUAAUGGCAAUAGAGCACUAUCUUAUUAAUAGUCACAGAGCAACAGAGAUGCUAGAGACUACCCGAAAAGCCGUUGAAGCUGUCAGAAGUUUCUUAUCAGUUGUUGAAAAUAUAUGCUCCAGCCUGAAUGAACCAGAAUAUAGCAAGCAGUUAUCAGCCAUUCGAGACGAUCAGCGUUUAGUAACUGUCAUCAUCUCAAAAGAAACAGUGUAUAGUGCAAUUACAAACUUGGUAACUGCCGUGAGAGCAUUAUCUGCCCCGCAACAGACCAACGAAUUUGAUAGAGCCAGGUUGAGAAAGGACUAUGACAAUCUAUGUUCGUGCUGUGAGAAUGUGAUCAAAACAACAAAUGAAUGUGCAGCAUGUAUAAGGGUUUGCUUACAGACAGGGAACGAGAACGGUCGAGCACCACAUUUAAUUACACGCAAUAUGCAAGAUAGACCAACAUCUGAAUACCAACGACAGGAGUUGAAUGCAAAUCGAGUUGAUACAAUUGCAAAUCUCGGACGAAAAGCAAUUAGCUUACAGGCUAUCCAACAGUAUCGGGAAGAGCAUCCAGAGAAUAAAAACCCGCACGAAGAAAGGGGCGAAAAAGGUCAUGCAGAACAAGACAUUGAAGCUCUUGCAAUAGAAACUGUGCCAAAAAUCAGUACAAAUACAGAAAUACCUACGAUGAGUAGACUAUCAUCGUUAGAAGAAGGUGUGCGCAGUUCUUUAGAAACCACAACUUAUAAUUCUUCAAAUCUCAAUUAUCGAUCACUCCCUUCUUCAUCUUCUUUACCAUCGCCUUCCAUAUCUACCUCAACAAUGGACUCCGUGAUAUUGCCUGGGAACAUCACUACUCAAACAGCAUCAUCAUUAGAAACUAUCGUACCUGAGGCUUGUCCUCCACGGAAAAGUAAAAUGCGACCUCGGGCUGCCUCCGUGAAUAAUUCAGUCGAACUUCCUUUUUUAACAUCUAAAAACAAUUCAAACAUAAAGUCAUCGGUAACUGCAGCUUUUCCUUUGCCUCCUACUGUCAGUUUACCAUCUAUACAAGAUCUUGGAAGAAUGUCUCCGAAAGAAGCGAUGCCAAAAUUACGCAGACCGAGAGGUGUCAGUGUUUCUUCCUUACGGCCUUCGAUGAGUAAGCCUAAAAUAGAGCGUAUCUCAACUUCAGCCUCAUCAGAAAGCCUACCUGAGUCCCUCAACAAAAUAUCAUCAUGGAUAUCACUGAACAACCCUCUGGAGGAGUCGCACAAAAACACGUUCUCGUCUGAAAAAGAAACCUCCACGGUUUCUACGCCUGCGCAACAAAUUUCCUUUACAAAGAGCGAAAACGAGUACAGUUUUCUAAAACAACGUCCAUUUAGUGAAGAAGAAAUGAUACUCAAUGCAGAUGGAGAAGUUAUAGGUGCUACCGUUGAGGCUCUCGUCAGAAAGUUGACGCUUCAUGAAAAGUCCCCAGACCUCAUCUUCACAAGGGCUUUCUUCUACAACUUUAGACUAUUCACAAAUCCUCCCGAUUUCGUCAAGCUGCUUCAGGAGAGGUUUGUUUUACGACCACCCAGUGAUUCUCAACUAUUGACUGAUGAACAAAUAGCUAUAUGGACGAACCGUAUUCUGAUCCCAGUUCGACUCCGUGUAUACAAUGUCAUCAAGACGUGGAUGGAAAAUUAUUUUGACUACGAGCAGGAUGCUUGCGUUGAGCAUGCAUUAACUGAUUUCGCUUCGAACGAAAUGACCAAAGCUAUGCCGGGUCCUGCUAAACGAAUGAUCGACCUCAUCAAAAAAACUUUUUCAUCAAAGGGCCAAAGCUGUUCCGGUCAUAAACAUUCUUACAACGAGAGUCGUGUUGCCAUGCAGAAAUCGAAUUCAUUCAACUUACAAUCAUCCUCUUCAACUUCGAAUGGAAGCAAUACUUCUCUUUUUGGUAGUCUAACCCUUUUCGAUGAUCACCAUCAAACAGAUUCAACAGAUAAAUACCCAUCAACUAUUAUGAGCAAAUCACUGAGGAAUACUUUAAGAAAAGCUUUAACCCAAAACAUACUGUCUUUGUUACACGUUAACGACAUCGAACCAUUAGAACUAGCAAGGCAGUUAACAUUAUUAGAAAGUGAUCUUUUUUGCCGUAUUCGGCCGAACGAAAUGAUCGGCCAGGAAUUCAAAAAAAAAGUUGGCACUAGCCAAGCUGUUCACGUAAAAGCAAUGAUCCAAAAAAGUACACAAAUCACUAGUUGGGUUUCGGAUACCAUACUUAAUGAAGCUGAUACCAAAAAGCGUGCCCAGGUUUUGAAGUACUGGAUCAAAGUUGGCGAUGUUUGUCUACAGUUGAACAAUUAUAAUACCCUGAUGGCUAUCCGGUCAGCAUUGGAUUCCACAAGCAUUGCUAGAUUGAAAAAGACUUGGGAUUAUCUGUCAAUCAAAUAUAAAGCGAUGUGGGAGCCUAUACAUAGAGCCACUGAUUCUCAGCGUAAUUUUGCUGAAUACCGACAACGCCUUAAAAGUACAGUAGCUCCUUGCCUACCUUUUCUUGGAGUGUACUUGACAGAUAUGACAUUUAUAGACGAUGGGAAUUCAGAUUAUCGUACCUCACCAGGCGGUAAACAGCUGGUGAAUUUCGAUAAAUAUGUGAAAAUUACAAGGAUUCUAAGUGAAAUUGACCAAUUUCAAAUACCUUACAAAUUAUUUGAAGUGGAAGAAAUCCAACGAUAUCUCCAAAAGACUCUUUCGUCGGUAGAACAAGACGACCAAGUCUUCUACGUAAAAAGUUUGAAACGCGAGCCUAAAGAAGAAGAGGCGUAA